AUGGCGGUGGUCGGUGCUGGGACAAAGCUUUUUCUGAGUAACUGGGGCGUGGCCAGCGAUCCACAUACGUACAACGCGCUGGGCAUAAAGUACGUUGUCAACUGCUCGAUGGAGCUUCCCUUUGUUGAUGAGAUUGUGGAGACGCAGUGUGCCAGCCCAAGCAGACCACUGGACCCAGAUCUGGAAGGUCCUCUGAUGCAGCAACCCAUCCACGCUGAGCUCCGCGUGAAGCUCACAGGACGGCUCCGCGUGCCAGUGCAGGAUGGCACAGACCAGCGAAUUUGCGACUAUUUCCUGCAGAGUGUACAGUUCCUGCAGCAGGCAGUGGAUUCUGAGUCUGGGCAUAUCCUCAUACAUUGCAAGCAUGGACAAAGCCGCUCUGCCACAGUGAUGGCAGCCUUCAUGCUUCACAUGACAAGGCGGGCGGGUGCACCCAAAAGCACGGAGGAGGUUCUGGCAGAGCUCAAGGCAUGCAGGCCUCGG